CCCUCGUCACUCCAGCGCAACGGGCAUGCACCACCUCGCCCUGCCCCUCUCGCUCUUCGGCGUCGGCCUGGCCGUGGGCGCGGGCGGCGCUGCCCUGCUCGCGCCCUCUCCGGCCAAGGUGCCGCCGCAAGGGCAGGCGCAGCGCAGGAGGGACGAGCUUGCGCUGCCGGCACGGCCACUCGCUGCGCCGGCGCAGCCUGCUACGCCGGGCCUGAGUGACGUCGAGACGGCACGAGUGAGGGAGAUUCUGGGGCACAGUGGGCAUCCCGGGCCCAUCUUCGACCAGCUCUCGCACCUCGCCUUCGUCUCUGCGUACGAUCGCCGCCUGCGGCAUCCCGCCUGGACGGCCGAGCAUCUCACCGCCUCCUCGCUCGUCCGGCCACCCGCUACGCCGGGCAGUGGGCCCGUCGAUCGCUCCAACUCGGUCUUCAAGGAGGACGAGCGGAUCCCAGAGCAGUUCAGGGCGCGUCUGAAGGAUUACUUUCGCAGCGGUUAUGAUCGGGGCCACAUGGUCCCUGCUGCAGACGCCAAGAACAGCCAGCUGGCUAUGAAUGAGACGUUCUACCUGACCAACAUCGCUCCUCAAGUCGGCGAAGGCUUCAACCGCGACUACUGGGCGCACACCGAAGACUUCUGCCGGCGCCUUACAAAGGCGUUCGGCGACGUGUACGUCUUUACGAUUCCGCUCUACCUGCCGAGGCAGGACGUGGAUGGCAAGUGGCGCGUCAGCUAUGAGGUCAUCGGCAACCCUCCGUCCAUCGCAGUGCCGACUCAUUUCGCAAAGGUCAUCCUCGCCUCUGGCCGUCCCUCUGCUCCUGCCUUGCCCUCUCCAGCCGCAAGCAGCACCUCCACCGCCCCCGCGCCGCUGCCAGGCAUCGACUCGGGCAGCGGCGGCAAGCUGCUCUCCACGCUCGGGCUGGGCAACGGCGUCACUGCACUCGGCGCCUUCGUGCUGCCAAACGCCAUCAUUCCCAACAGCGUGCCGCUGCGCGCAUUCGAGGUGCCGCUCGACACUGUCGAGCGUGCCGCAGGCCUCGUGCUCUUCCCGCCCGCCGUCAAGCGCGGCGCAAAGAGCCUGUGCAGCGUCACGGACUGCUCCAUCAUCGUGCGCGACUUCAGCAAGGCGAAUGAGCGGGUCAAGGUGGAGAGACGCAACACGGCGUAGAGCGUGAGCUGCCACGAGCUAGCAGAGCUAAUGUCACACACUGCGAGAG